UUCAACAGGGCAGGUUCGAACGAAUUGUUGCGAGACUUGAGGCAAUGCAAAUGCCUGGAGGUGUUGCGGCUGGGCAGAAUAACGCAUCUUAACUUCGCUCUUCUACGGAAGUUGCAAGCUCCUCUGAGAGAGCUCUCUAUCCGCAACGUUCAAACGUUAUCAAACACUGGACCAAGCAAUACCUUUGAAGACUUCCCUUUCAACUCUACCCUCACGACAUACCGCUUGUUCAACGUAUUGCACCCAGAUGUGGAAGCUUGGCUGCAGGCGGGUGAACUCCUCGCCAUGGCAUGCAAGUGUCCUGCGCUGACCCAACUCCAGCUUGAUUUCCACGCUUUUGCAGAGCCUCCCAAUUUCAAGACAUUCAAUAACUUGAAGGUGCUACAUUUUAUGCUUUAUGACGACGACAAGGAUGAAAUUGAGGUUCUUCUCAAAAGCGCUCUGCCUGACAUCGAGGACCUCUACAUCGAGUUUUACCCAGUAGAAGAAGUUCAUGACCUCACCGUAGACUUUUCACUUGCACCGACGUCGGUGAAGUCCCUAAUGCUGCCUUCUGUCGCACUGGACGAUGACUCGUACAAGUGCCUCCUGCGGAUGCCCAAGCUGCAGCGAGUCUUCGUCAAAAACAAGAAAUUCUCUCUGGCUCAGCUGAAACUACUCGUGGCCCACGUUCAGCUGGUCGAGAUCGGCGCCGCGAUGGUGACCGUGGAUCUCGCCACGGCGCAGGAGCUCACUGCGCUGCGCAGGAAGGCGCUGGCCGAGGGCAGGUUCAGGUUCCCCUCACUGUAUCUCGACCACGACGAGCCCCUCGUACUGCAUGUCAACUACACUCACCACGUGACCUUCGCAAAUCCUCUCAUCAAAAUCAAAGACCACAAGCUGGACUCGUACAUCUACGAGCGCGUCGGGUCGCGUCGCUUGGACAACGAGUGGCUGGGCUUCGGCUACGAUUUCUUCCAGCACGGGUUUGGCAAACUGCUCCUGGGCUCUGACCCUGAUGACGUGGACGAAUGGUACGACGACUACGUUGAACUUGACGAACACACCUCCAGCUCCGACUCCGACGAAUAUGAGGAAGAUAUGCUCUAGGGCGGCCAUCGUGAACACUGAGCCUAUGCUGGCUUGUGCUGCAGUUCUGUGAUACGACGAGUGCAGCUGACCAGGUCUGCUCCGCGGCGUCCAAGCAAUCUAGUCUUCUCAUUGUUCUGUUGUUCAUGCCAAAAUGGCGUCACUGAAGCGAGAGUCAGAUGUUUUCUAGUUGUUACGUUCAAAAUAAUAGUUAAGUUAAGAAAUUUGUAGGCUAUGGCUCUAUGUUCGAAUAAGGAGAAAGUUCAGUUGAAAAUAGGGAAAAAUUUAGUUUGAUGCUUUAUAUUUCAAAACCGACUUGUAGUAUAACAUGUCGCUGAACUAUUUAUGUAAUUCAAGACUCGUUCGAUUCAUAUCAGUUGAUAAUUGGAAAAACUCGUAAGUGUCAAUGGGCAUAAAUACAUCAGAACAGCCUCAGUUACGGCGGUAAUUGUCAGCAAGUUACGCCAAAAGUCAGUAAGUAAUAACAAGUGCCAGCAAGUCAAAAAAGUAUCAGCAAGCCACGGCAAGUGUCAACAAGUUAUAAUAAGUUUCAGCAAGUCACGAGUGUCAGCAAGUCACGACUAGUACCGCCAAGACAUGCCAAGUGUCAGUAAGUAACGGAAAGUGUCAGUAAGUAACGGCAAGUGUCAGAAAGUUAUAGUCCACAAUAGUCAGUCCACUUGUGACUUGCUUGAAGUCCACUUGCUUCUUGAAGCCUGAAUGCCGCUCCAUAGGUACAUCAUCAGCCAUAUUUUUUAAAGCUAUCAUAAGAGCGCUGGAACACUUCGGGGCAGUGACAGCGGCACUCAAGCUGUUGGGUGUAAGGCUGUAGCAGGAAGAGCUUUUCUAAAGGUUCCUGAUAGCGAGAUACAGCCGUCAACUAACUGGUCUGUUGUUAUAUGCGAAGCUUUUUUUUGUAGUGUCUUUCUCCUAAGUUUUAAAAACAAAUGUGAUCAGGGAAUGUUGAUGUCACUACAAUCAAAAGGUUGUUUCUUUAAAGAUUUUAUGAUUCAUCGAAAAAAAGCCAUCGAUGACAACGUUAAAAAGUUCUUCCAUAAUUUCUAAUAAGCUCUAGCAUUGUGCCUUUUGUUUCAAUAAAUAUGAGUUAAUCCAUAAUAGGAACUAAACUUUUACUUAUUAUUAACGUCAUUCGUGGCCUGAGUUAUCUUUAAACUUCAUACCCAAGGUCGAUAAGGCUUUGUAUAUAUUUUAUAUUGCAUUUUCCUGGUUUGUUCGGCAUGGAAGUUCGUGUAUUUGAAGGGCUCCUCCAUACUAUGGGGUAGUGACGUUGAGGAAUAUACCGUAGUUGUUUCAAAUGUUAAACAUAAGGCUUUGUUCUCAGCAACGACUGGCGUGUUUUUCUCUCUUUUCCUGAAAUGGAGACUUUUAUAUUGAACAAACAUUGUGAUCUCCGCAUUCUACCUGAGCAUCACGUAACAUGUGCAUCGGAAGAUUUACUUUACUUUUGUAUUGGCGCAUCCAUUAUUGUUUACAUUUAUUCAAUAAACAUGACGGA